CCUACACGUAGGAGAUGAAGCAUUGUUGAGGCUAGCUCUUCUCUCCCUUCCGUAUCUUGGGAGAUGAGCAUACGCGGGUCCAGCGCUCCUUUUCCCUUCAUUCAGGGGGGAAGAUGAGCAUUCUUGGAUCCAGUACUUCUUUUCCCUUUAUCCUGAGGCAAGAUGAGCAUUCUCAGGGUGAUCUCUCCCUCCCAUCUCUUGGCAGGAUGCAGGCGAGCUGCCGCUGCACAUGGCCGUACGCCAUGCCGACAGAUCAUCCCUUCCCUUGGUGGACUUCAUCAUCCAGAAUGGGGGGACACUGGACCGGGUGACGCAGGAUGGGAACACGGCCUUGCACUAUGGUGCCCUCUAUAACCAGCCCAACUGCCUCAAGCUGCUCCUGAAAGGGAAAGCCAGCUUCACCACAGUGAACACGGCAGGUGAGACAGCUCUGGAUGUAGCGAGGAGGCUGAAGUACAGCGAGUGCGAGGAGCUGCUGGAGCAGGCGCAGGCAGGGAAGCUCUCCCUGCAAAUCCAUGUGGACUAUGACUGGGAGCCCCCAUCGGAGUUCCCAUAUGACAGUGAGGAUGAGCUGGACGAGAAGGUGAGCCCCCUCCAGCGUUCUUUCAAGGGCGCAUCACCACUGGCCGCCAGCCCGCUGCCUGCCUGCCCCCAGACCCGCUGGAGCUGCAUGGGCAUGGACAUCACCAACAAGACCUACGAGAGCAUCCUGGUGCCCUCGCGCGCUGCACCCCGCCGGGCCCACAGCGAGGAGAUCCCCCCGCCACUGCCCCUAAAAAACCCCACACGGGGCAGCUCUCGCCCCAAACCCAGCCACAGCCCCACCGAGCGCCCUGAGCUGCCCCGACAGGCAUCGGAACCCCACUUCUCUGGGCCAGCAGAGGCUGUGGCACCACGCAGCCUGCCCUGUGCCAGCAGCAUGGGUGCCCUGGAUGGCACCCCCAGCAGCCGCAGCCCCACCGAGAGCCCGCGGGCAGCGUACUGGGAAACGCGCUCCGAGACGGACCCCAGCAGCAGUCGGCGGGGGCCAGAGCUGAGUCCCCCGGCCACGCAGCCCCUGCCAGGCAGCACAGUCCCUGACAUCCCCCCUGUCAAGUUUGGGUCAGAGAGCACCCGCUCGUACCGGCGCACUGGUGGCAUGGUGGGCAAAAUGGGGUCGUCUGGGUCCCCCCAGAGCCCUGGUGGCCCCGAGGACCCCGCUUUCAGCAAGGUGCCCCCUGUGCCCAUGCCCAGAAGAUUUGCUCCGGCCAAGGGGAGGCAGAAGCGGGUAAAGGCAGUGGCUGACUGCAAGGGAGACAAGGCACGAGAGCUGACCUUCUCCAAGGGGGAGGUCAUCGUGGUGACACGGGAGGAGGAUGAGCAGAUCUGGGUCGGCUUCAUCGAGGGCGAUGGCUCCCGCACCGGAGUCUUCCCUGCCAGCUUCGUCCACCUCUUGCAAGACUGACCGUGUGGGGGUGGCCCAUUUGUCACCGUCCCAUUGACUGGGAGUAGAGCCAGCUCCCUGCUGGGGGCUUGGAAGAGCCAGGCCACAGGGCACGUGUGCCCAGGAUCCUGGCAUGAGACCACUGCCCUCCAAGUGGGCCAGAGAUUCCCUGCAUUGGGAAACGCGUCCGUGGAUGGCAGCAGUGGGGAGCUGAGGAGCAGAGAACAGACAUGCUCGCUGCACUGGUGGGCUGAGGUUUCUGUGCCAGCCCCUGCUCCUGCUGUUCUUCUGUCCUUCCCGUGGCUCUGCCCAUCCCUUGGGUUUUCUUCUUCCUUCUCUGCAAGGAAUUUGGGAUGGGGGAGCUGUAUUUGGUAUCCCCCACCCUCUGCCAGAUAGUCUUGAAGCCUCCUCCUCAUCCUGGGGGCAGCCAUGGACCACCAGCCUCCUUCUGUACCCCAACUGUGAAGCCUUUGGGAUGGGCAAGAAAUAGGAGAGGGGUUUUUUUGUUGUGUCCAUCCCCCACCCCAGGUUCUGGGAGCUUCCUGGACUGGUGGAGUUCAGGGAUGCUCCAAAGCUUCUCCAAAACUGGUAGUGAAAUUCCAUUCCUUGAUUUGGAGGGUGGGGGAUGUUUCAGGUGGUACCGCAGAGCCCCUGCCCCGUGUCCCUCAUGUGGGGUGGGUGCUGGAUCACUGCCCCUUCCCUGGGGGGGCUCUCAGAGGGGGUUUUGCAGCUUUUUCUAGGACCAGCAUACCCCUGUAGCAGUGUCCCUUGGGAGCCACCUGUCUCCAUACCCCCUCACUUUACCCUUCUCAAAUGCUUCAUCUCAAAAAAGUCUUUUUUUAAAUGUUUUCUGUCUGAUUUCUAAUAAACCAUCAUUUUUUAAGCA